GGCGGCUCGGAGGCUACACCGCACGCAGCGGGAGCUAGGCGGCCGGGCCCCUGCGUUCAGGUCUGACAGCUGGGAGGAACCUGGAGGGAACAUGCCCUCCGAUUCUUUCUGUUUGGCUGCCCAGGCUCGACUUGACUCCAAAUGGCUGAAAACAGAUAUACAGCUUGCAUUCACAGGAGAUGGGCUCUGUGCUCUGUGGAAUGAAAUGGUUCAAGAUGGAGAAAUUAUAUACACUGGGACAGAAUUAACCCAGAGUGGAGAGCUUUCUCCUAGAAAAGAUGAUGGUGUUGAUGCUUCGAGUGGAACAAAGAAAGAAGAUCUGAAUGACAAAGAAAAAAAGGAUGAGGAAGAAACACCUGCACCUGUAUUCAGGUCCAAGUCGAUCCUGGAGAGCUGGGUGUGGGGCAGGCAGCCAGAUGUGAAUGAACUGAAGGAAUGUCUCUCUGUAUUGGUUAAAGAGCAGCAAGCCCUGGCCAUUCAGUCGGCCACCACCACCCUCUCAGCCCUGAGACUGAAGCAGAGGCUGGUCAUCUUAGAGCGAUAUUUCAUUGCCUUGAGCAGAACUGCUUCCCAGGAGAGCGUCAAAGUCAAGCGGAAAAGCAGCAGCAUUUCUUUGCCUCCUAUGGACAAGAAAAGUUCCCGGCCCACAGGCAAAGGGGUGGAAGGACUGGCAAGAGUUGGAUCCCGAGCAGCUCUGUCCUUUGCCUUUGCGUUCCUGCGAAGGGCCUGGCGGUCAGGGGAGGAUGCGGACCUGUGCAGUGAGCUGUUGCAGGAGUCUCUGGAUGCCCUGCGAGCCCUGCCUGAGGCCUCCCUCUUCGACGAGAGCACCGUGUCCUCUGUGUGGCUGGAGGUGGUAGAAAGAGCAACCAGGUUCCUCAGGUCCGUCGUGACAGGGGAUGUUCAUGGAGCACCGAGUGCCAAAGUGCCAGGCAGCGUCCCCCUGCAGGACCAGCACCUGGCCCUGGCCAUCCUGUUGGAGUUGGCGGUGCAGAGGGGCACACUGAGCCAAACACUGUCCGCCAUCCUGUUGCUGCUGCAGCUGUGGGACAGCGGGACGCGGGAGACGGACAACGAGCGUUCCGCCCGGGGCACCAGCGCCCCCCUCCUCCCACUGCUGCAGCGUUUCCAGAGCAUGGUCUGCGGCAAGGAUGCCCCUCACGCACAGGGCGACGCCCACCUACUGUCUGGCCCCCUGAGCCCCAACGAGAGUUUCCUCAGGUACCUUGUUCUUCCACAAGACAGCGAGCUCGCCAUCGACUUACGACAGACGGCUGUAGUUGUCCUGGCCCACUUAGACCGCCUAGCCACGCCCUGCCUGCCUCCUCUGUGCAGCUCACCCACGGCCCACAAGGGCUCGCUGCAGGAGGUCAUAGGAUGGGGGCUCAUAGGAUGGAAGUGCUAUGCCAACGUGAUCGGUCCCAUUCAGAGCAAAGGCCUGGCCAACCUGGGGGUCACGCAGAUCGCCUGUGCGGAAAAACGCUUCCUGAUCUUGUCAAGGACCGGCCGUGUCUACACGCAGGCCUACAACAGCGACACGCUGGCUCCACAGCUCGUCCAGGGUCUUGCCUCCAGAAACAUAGUAAAAAUUGCUGCCCAUUCUGACGGUCACCACUACCUGGCCUUGGCAGCCACUGGAGAGGUGUACUCCUGGGGCUGCGGGGACGGCGGACGGCUGGGCCACGGGGAUACCGUGCCCCUGGAGGAGCCCAAGGCCAUCUCUGCAUUCUCGGGCAAGCAGGCGGGCAAGCACGUGGUGCACAUCGCGUGCGGGAGCACGUACAGCGCCGCCGUCACGGCCGAGGGGGAGCUGUACACCUGGGGCCGCGGCAACUACGGCCGCCUGGGCCACGGCUCCAGUGAAGAUGAGGCCAUUCCAAUGCUGGUAGCUGGGCUUAAAGGACUGAAAGUCAUCGAUGUGGCCUGCGGGAGCGGGGACGCGCAAACCCUGGCAGUGACGGAAAACGGUCAGGUGUGGUCCUGGGGAGACGGUGACUACGGGAAACUGGGCAGAGGGGGGAGUGAUGGCUGCAAAGCACCAAAGCUGAUCGAGAGGCUUCAGGACCUGGACGUCGUCAAAGUGCGGUGCGGGAAUCAGUUCUCCAUCGCCCUGACAAAAGAUGGCCAGGUCUAUUCAUGGGGCAAAGGGGACAACCAGAGGCUCGGGCACGGAACAGAGGAGCAUGUCCGUUAUCCCAAACUCCUGGAGGGCUUGCAAGGGAAGAAGGUGAUUGAUGUAGCUGCAGGCUCCACCCACUGCCUGGCUCUGACUGAGGACAGCGAGGUCCACAGCUGGGGGAACAAUGACCAGUGCCAGCACUUUGACACCUUGCAUCAGACCAAGCCAGAACCCUCUGUACUGCCAGGGCUGGAUACCAAGCACAUAGUUGGAAUUGCCUGUGGACCUGCCCAGAGUUUCGCUUGGUCGUCGUGUUCUGAGUGGUCCGUUGGCCUCCGUGUCCCUUUUGUGGUGGACAUCUGCUCGGUGACCUUUGAACAGCUGGACCUCCUGCUGCGGCAAGUGAGCGAGGGGAUGGACGGCACUGCCGACUGGCCCCCGCCCCAGGAGGAGGAGUGCAUGGCUGUGGCUGCGCUGGAUUUGCUGCGGCUUCAGUUGCACGCUGCCAUCAGUCACCAGGUCGACCCAGAGUUGCUUGGGUUAGGUCUGGGCAGUGGCCUCCUCAACAGCCUGAAGCAGACCGUGGUGGCCCUGGCCAGCAGUGCGGGCGUGCUGGGCACUGUGCAGGCGGCUGCCCAGGCCGUGCUGCAAAGCGGGUGGUCUGUGCUGCUGCCCACCGCGGAGGAACGGGCCCGGGCGCUCUCUGCUCUCCUGCCCUGUGCAGUUUCAGGCAAUGACGUUAACGUAAGUCCCGGCCGUCGCUUCAUGAUUGAUCUUCUGGUGGGCAGCUUGAUGGCUGAUGGAGGCUUAGAGUCGGCCUUAAAUGCAGCAGUCGCUGCAGAAAUCCAGGAUAUUGAAGCCAAAAAAGAAGCACAGAAGGAAAAAGAAAUUGAUGAACAGGAAGCAAAUGCUUCAACAUUUCACAGAAGUAGGACUCCAUUGGAUAAAGAUAUUAUUAAUACAGGGAUCUAUGAAUCUUCUGGAAAACAGUGUUUGCCUCUGGUUCAGCUCAUACAGCAGCUUCUUAGAAACAUUGCUUCUCAGACAGUGGCCCGGUUGAAAGAUGUUGCCCGUCGCAUUUCAUCCUGUCUGGACUUGGAGCAGCAUAGUCGAGACCGAUCUGCUUCCUUGGAUCUGCUGCUACGUUUUCAGCGCUUACUUAUCAGCAAACUUUAUCCAGGAGGAAGCAUUGGUCAGGCCACAGACAUUCCUAGUCCUGAGCUCAUGGGCGUGGGGUCCCUGCUGAAGAAGUACACGGCCCUUCUGUGCACACACAUUGGAGACAUCCUGCCGGUGGCUGCCAGCGUCGCAUCCACCAGCUGGCGGCACUUUGCGGAGGUGGCCUGCAUCGUGGAGGGGGAUUUCACUGGUGUGCUCCUUCCAGAACUAGUGGUUUCCAUCAUCCUACUGCUCAGUAAAGAUGCUGCUCUCAUGCAGGAGGCUGGUGCUGUCCCUCUGCUGGGAGGGCUGCUAGAACACCUGGACCGCUUCAACCACCUGGCGCCAGGCAAGGAGAGAGACGACCAGGAAGAGUUAGCCUGGCCCGGCAUCAUGGAGUCAUUUUUUACAGGUCAGAACUGUAGAAACAAUGAGGAGGUGACCCUUAUACGCAAAGCUGACUUGGAAAACCACAACAAGGAUGGAGGCUUCUGGACGGUGAUCGAUGGGAGGGUAUAUGAUAUAAAGGACUUCCAGACUCAGUCCCUGACAGGAAGCAGUGUUCUCGCUCAGUUUGCUGGGGAAGACCCAGUGGUGGCCCUCGAAGCAGCUCUGCAGUUCGAAGACACUCGGGAGGCGAUGCAGGCCUUCUGUGUUGGCCAGUACCUGGAGCCUGACCAAGAAAUCGUUACCAUCCCAGACCUGGGAAGUUUGUCUUCACCGCUGAUAGACACAGAGAGGAACCUGGGACUGCUUCUCGGAUUACAUGCUUCCUAUUUAGCCAUAAGCACCCCGCUGUCGCCCGUUGAAGUCGAAUGCACCAAGUGGUUGCACUCGUCCAUUUUCUCCGGAGGCCUGCAGACCAGCCAGAUCCACUACAGCUACAAUGAGGAGAAAGACGAGGACCACUGCAGCUCCCCCGGGGGCACCCCGGCCAGCAAGUCCCGCCUUUGCGCCCACAAAUGCGCCCUAGGCGACCAUUCCCAGGCAUUCCUGCAAGCCCUGGCUGACAAUAACGUCCAGGACCACAACGUGAAGGACUUCCUGUGUCAGAUAGAAAGGUGCUGUCGGCAGUGCCACUUGACCACGCCGAUCGCGCUCCCUCCUGAGCACCCCGUGGAAGAGGUGGGCCGCUUGCUGUUAUGUUGCCUGUUGAAACAUGAAGAUUUAGGGCACGUGGCUUUGUCUUUGGCUCAUACUGGCACACUCAGCAUCGAGCAGGCGAAGCACAGAGCGCUGCCCAAGUCAGUGGUGGACGUUUGUCGGGUCGUCUACCAGGCCAAGUGCUCACUCAUCAAGACACACCAGGAACAGGGCCGUUCUUACAAGGAGGUCUGCGCACCAGUUAUUGAGCGUUUGAGGUUCCUCUUUAAUGAACUGAGACCAGCAGUUUGUAACGAUCUCUCUAUAAUGUCCAAGUUUAAACUGCUAAGUUCUCUGCCCCGCUGGAGGAGAAUCGCUCAAAAGAUAAUUCGAGAACGAAGGAAAAAGAGAGCAGUUCCUAAGAAGCCAGAAUCUACGGAUGAUGAAGAAAAAAUUGGAAACGAAGAGAGUGAUUUAGAAGAAGCUUGCAUUUUGCCUCACAGUCCUAUAAAUAUGGACAAAAGACCCAUUACAAUCAAAUCACCCAAGGGUAAGUGGCAGCCACUGCUGAGCACAGUCACAGGUGUCCACAGGUACAAGUGGGUGAAGCAGAAUGUCCAGGGUCUUUAUCCGCAGUCUGCACUCCUUAGCACCAUUGCUGAAUUUGCCCUUAAAGAAGAGCCAGUGGACGUGGAGAAAAUGAGAAAGUGCCUGCUGAAACAGCUGGAGAGAGCAGAGGUCCGCCUGGAAGGGAUAGACACAAUAUUAAAAUUGGCCGCCAAGAAUUUCUUACUUCCAUCGGUGCGGUAUGCCGUGUUCUGUGGAUGGCAGCGGCUCAUCCCGGAGGGCGUUGAUAUAGGGGAACCCCUCAUGGAUUGUUUAAAGGAUGUCGACUUGAUCCCACCUUUCAAUCGGAUGCUGCUGGAAGUCACAUUCGGCAAGCUGUACGCUUGGGCUGUUCAGAACACGCGAAACAUUUUGCUGGAUGCAAAUGCCAGAUUCAAAGAACUGGGUAUCCAGCCCAUCCCCCUGCAAACCAUUACCAAUGAGAACCCUUCGGGACCAAGCCUGGGGACAACCCCACAAGCUCGCUUCCUCCUGGUGAUGCUCAGCAUGCUGACCCUGCAGCAUGGCGCGCACAACCUCAACCUCCUGCUGAACUCUGGCACCCUUGCCCUUGCGCAGACCGCGCUGCGGCUCAUCGGCCCGAGCUGUGACAGUGGGGAAGAAGAUGGGAACCUGUCUGCCCGAGGUGCGUCCGCCACCGUCUUGGAGGAGACCAGGAAGGAGAUGGCCCCUGCACAGCCCCCAGUCUCGGGGCCAGAGCUGGCCGCCAUGAUGAAGAUCGGAACCAGGGUCAUGAGGGGCGUGGACUGGAAGUGGGGCGACCAGGAUGGACCUCCUCCUGGCCUCGGCCGUGUGAUUGGUGAACUAGGAGAGGACGGGUGGAUCAGGGUCCAGUGGGACACGGGCAGCACCAACUCCUACAGGAUGGGAAAGGAGGGCAAGUACGACCUCAAGCUGGCGGAGCUGCCAGCCUCCACACAGCCCUCGGCAGAGGACUCGGACACGGAGGACGACUCGGAAGCUGAGCAAACUGGAAGGAACAUGCACCCCACUGCCAUGUUGCUGACCAGCACUGUCAACUUACUGCAAACGCUGUGUCUCUCUACUGGUGUCCACGCCGAGGCCAUGCAGAGCGAAGCCACCAAGACGCUGUGCGGGCUGUUGCGCGUGUUAGUGGAAAGUGGGACGACGGACAAGACGUCCUCCCCGAACAGGCUGGUAUGCCGGGAGCAGUACCGCAGCUGGUGUUCCCUGGGCUUCGUGCGCAGCAUCGCACUCACUCCGCACAUGUGCGCCGCGCUCAGCUCCCCGUCCUGGAUCGCCCUGCUCAUGAGGGUCGUCGAGGGACACGCCCCCUUCACGGCUGCCUCGCUGCAGCGCCAGAUCUUAGCGAUACACCUACUACAAGCCGUGCUUCCGUCUUGGGACAAGACCGAACGGGCCAAGGACAUGAAGUGCCUCGUGGAAAAGCUCUUCGGAUUCCUGGGCAGUCUGCUCACCACCUGCUCCUCAGACAUCCCCUUUCUCAGAGAGUCCACCCUGCGCAGGCGGAGGGCCCGGCCGCAGGCCUCCCUGACCGCCACCCACAGCAGCACCCUGGCGGAGGAGGCAGUGGCCCUGCUGCGCAUGCUGCACUCCCUGGGCCAGUGGAACGGCCUCGUCAACAAGCACGUUAACUCCCAGCUCCGCUCCGCCACCCGCAGCUGCGCAGCCAGGCCGGCCGGCGGGGCCGUGCUGGAGGACGGCCUCCCGGACUCGGAGAGCCCGGAGGUGGGCGGCCUCAUGGCCGUCCUGGCUGUCAUUGGGGGCAUCGACGGCCGCCUGCGACUGGGGGGCCAGGUCACGCACGAGGAGUUUGGGGAAGGCACAGUGACGCGCAUCACCCCGAAGGGCAAGAUCACCGUUCGGUUCUCGGACAUGCGGACAUGUCGUGUUUGCCCAUUGAAUCAGCUGAAACCACUCCCUGCCGUGGCCUUCAGCAUCACCAACCUGCCCUUCGCAGACCCCAUGCUCUCCGUCUGGGCUCAGCUGGUGAACCUCGCUGGGAGCAAAUUGGAAAAGCACAAAAUAAAGAAAUCAACCAAACAGGGGUUUGCAGGGCUUGGCCCUGCGUCCUUUGCUCCCACAGGACAAGUAGAUCUGGACCUGCUGCGGUGCCAGCAGCUGAAGCUGUACAUCCUGAAGGCAGGCCGCGCUCUGCUCUCCCACCAGGACCAGCUCAGGCAGAUCCUGGCCCAGCCCGCCGUGCAGGAGGCUGCCGCCGCGCCGCCAGAUGAUGGCGCAGCUGCAUCGCCUGACCUGGGGGACAUGUCUCCUGAAGGGCCACAGCCCCCAGUGAUCCUCCUGCAGCAGCUGCUGGCCUCAGCCACCCAGCCUUCCCCAGUGAAGGCCAUAUUCGACAGGCAGGAGCUCGAGGCUGCUGCUCUUGCUGUGUGCCAGUGUCUGGCUGUGGAGUGCGCUCACCCAUCCAGCCCAGUGUUCGAAGACGGCAGCUCCAGCGAGGCCACCACGCCGGUGCCUGCGCAGCAUCUUCGCCCCAUCAGAACCAGGAAACGCAAGCAGUCACCUGUCCCUGCUCCACCCAUUGUGGUUCAGCUUAUGGAAAUGGGAUUCCCUAGAAGGAACAUAGAGUUCGCGCUGAAAUCGCUCACUGGUGCCUCUGGUCAUGCUGGCUUGCCAGGUGUGGAGGCCCUGGUCGGGUGGCUGCUGGACCACGCGGACGUGCAGGUCACGGAUCUCUCCGACGCAGACACCGGAUCUGAGGACUGUUCAGAUGAGGAGCUGAUGGAGGAUGUAGAUGACAUGGCCUGUGCUAUGUCUACCGGUGCCGUUGUAACAGAAAGUCAGACUUACAAGACGCGGGCGGACUUCCCGAGCAGUGACGACUAUGCCGUGUACGUGAGAGAGAGCAUCCAGGUGGGAAUGAUGGUGCGAUGCUGCCGGGCAUAUGAGGAGGUGUGUGAAGGAGACGUGGGCAAGGUGAUCAAGCUGGACCGAGACGGGCUGCAUGACCUCAACGUGCAGUGCGACUGGCAGCACAAAGGAGGCACGUACUGGGUCAGGUACAUCCACGUGGAGCUCAUAGGCUACCCGCCUCCAAGCUUCCCUUCCCACAUCAAGGUUGGCGACAAGGUGCGUGUCCGAGCCUCCGUCACCACCCCGAAGUACAAGUGGGGAUCCGUGACGCACCAGAGUGUGGGGGUUGUGAAAGCUUUCAGUGCCAACGGGAAAGACGUCAUCGUCGACUUCCCUCAGCAGUCGCACUGGACCGGGCUUCUGUCAGAGAUGGAGCUGGUGCCCAGCGUGCAUCCCGGGGUCACGUGCGAUGGCUGCCAGAUGUUUCCUAUCAAUGGGCCCAGAUUCAAGUGCAGAAACUGUGAUGAUUUUGACUUUUGUGAAACGUGUUUCAAGACCAGAAAACACAACACCAGGCAUACAUUUGGCAGAAUAAAUGAACCAGGACAGUCGGCCAUAUUCUGUGGCCGUUCUGGAAAACAGCUGAAGCGAUGCCGCAGCAGCCAGCCAGGAGCACUGCUGGACAGCUGGGCCCGGAUGGUGAGGAACCUGCACGUCUCGUCCUCCGUGAGCCAGGCUUCCCGUCUGGUCGACGGCAGCGAGCCCUGCUGGCAGUCAUCCGGGGCGCAGGGGAAGCAUUGGAUUCGUUUGGAGAUUUUCCCCGAUGUUCUUGUUCACAGACUGAAAAUGACUGUCGACCCCGCGGACAGCAGCUAUAUGCCUUCUCUGGUUGUGGUGUCAGGUGGAAAUUCCCUAAACAACCUAAUUGAACUAAAGACAAUUAACAUCAACCCCACUGACACCACAGUGUCCCUUCUGAGUGACUGCACAGAGUAUCACAGGUAUAUCGAGAUCGCCAUAAAGCAGUGCAGGAGCUCAGGGAUCGACUGCAAGAUCCACGGGCUCAUCCUGCUGGGACGGACCCGCGCGGAGGAGGAGGACUUGGCCGCGGUCCCGUUUUUGGCCUCCGACAAUGAGGAGGACGACGACGAGAAAGGCAGCAGUGGGAGUCUUAUUAGAAAGAAGGCUGCAGGGUUGGAAUCGGCGGCCACGCUAAGAACCAAAGUGUUUGUGUGGGGGCUGAACGACAAGGACCAGCUGGGCGGCUUGAAAGGCUCCAAGAUAAAGGUUCCUUCGUUCUCUGAGACGUUAUCUUCUCUGAAUGUCGUGCAGGUGGCUGGUGGUUCUAAGAGUUUAUUUGCAGUGACUGUGGAGGGGAAGGUGUACGCCUGUGGAGAAGCCACGAAUGGCCGGCUGGGGCUGGGCAUGUCCAGCGGGACGGUGCCCAUCCCUCGGCAAGUCACGGCGCUCAGCAGCUAUGUAGUCAAGAAGGUGGCUGUGCACUCAGGUGGCCGGCACGCCACGGCUCUCACUGUGGACGGGAAGGUGUUUUCCUGGGGUGAAGGGGACGAUGGCAAACUUGGACACUUCAGCAGGAUGAACUGCGACAAGCCGCGGCUGAUCGAGGCCCUGAAGACCAAGCGCAUCCGUGACAUCGCCUGUGGGAGCUCCCACAGCGCAGCCCUCACGUCGAGUGGCGAGCUGUACACCUGGGGCCUCGGAGAGUACGGCCGUCUGGGUCACGGGGACAACACGACGCAGCUGAAGCCCAAAAUGGUGAAAGUCCUUCUGGGUCACAGAGUAAUCCAGGUUGCCUGUGGAAGUAGAGACGCACAGACCCUGGCCCUGACUGACGAAGGUCUGGUGUUUUCCUGGGGUGACGGGGACUUCGGAAAACUGGGCCGGGGAGGAAGCGAAGGCUGCAACGUUCCCCAGAACAUCGAGAGGCUGAACGGCCAGGGCGUGUGCCAGAUCGAGUGCGGCGCCCAGUUCUCCUUGGCACUCACCAAGUCGGGAGUGGUGUGGACAUGGGGCAAGGGGGACUACUUCCGGCUGGGCCACGGCUCGGACGUGCACGUGCGGAAGCCACAGGUGGUAGAAGGACUCAGAGGGAAGAAGAUCGUGCACGUGGCUGUCGGGGCCCUGCACUGCUUGGCCGUCACGGACGCCGGGCAGGUGUAUGCCUGGGGUGACAAUGACCACGGACAACAGGGCAACGGCACAACCACCGUGAACAGAAAGCCCACUCUUGUGCAGGGCUUAGACGGCCAGAAGGUCACUCGAGUGGCUUGUGGAUCUUCACACAGUGUGGCGUGGACGACUGUCGACGUGGCAACGCCCUCUGUCCACGAGCCGGUCCUGUUCCAGACUGCGAGAGACCCUUUGGGGGCGUCCUAUUUAGGUGUGCCUUCGGAUGCCGAUUCUGCUGCUGCCGGUAACAAGAUGAGUGGUGCCAGUGACUCUAGGUCCAGCCGCCCUUCUCUGGCCAAGAUUCUCCUGUCCCUGGACGGGUGUCUGGCCAAGCAGCAGGCCUUGUCUCAUGUACUCACAGCGCUGCAGAUCAUGUAUGCCAGAGAUGCUGUGGUUGGUGCCCUGAUGCCGGCCAGCAUGAUCACCCCAGUAGAGUGUCCCUCAUUCUCCUCCUCGGCACCCCCUUCUGAUGUGUCUGCCAUGGCCAGUCCCGUGAAUGGAGAGGAGUGUGUGCUGGCUGCUGACAUUGAAGACAGACUGAGUCCGAGUCCAUGGCAAGAAAAGAGAGGGGAGAUUAUCUCUUCCGAGGAUGCUGUGACCCCUGCCGCAGUGACCCCAUCGGCUUCCUCAGCUUCUUCUCGGCCGUUUAUCCCAGUGACAGAUGACCCAGGAGCUGCCAGCAUCAUUGCAGAAACGAUGACCAAAACCAAAGAGGAUGUUGAAAGCCAAAAUAAAGUAUCUGGCCCAGAACCUCAGUCCUUGGAUGAGUUCACCAGUCUGCUGGUCCCCGACGACACCCGUGUGCUGGUGGACCUGCUCAAGCUGUCCGUGUGCAGCCGGGCGGGGGACAAGGGCAGAGAGGUGCUUUCCGCCGUGCUGUCUGGCAUGGGCACCGCCUACCCACAGGUGGCAGACAUGUUGCUGGAGCUCUGUGUUACCGAGUUGGAGGAUGUAGCCACAGACUCACAAAGUGGCCGUCUGUCCUCCCAGCCCGUGGUGGUGGAGAGUAGCCACCCCUACACCGACGACACCUCCUCUAGCGGCACUGUGAAGAUCCCAGGUGCAGAAGGACUCAGGGUGGAGUUCGACCGGCAGUGCUCCACGGAGAGGCGCCACGACCCGCUCACAAUCAUGGACGGAGUCAACAGGAUCGUCUCUGUGCGCUCAGGCCGCGAGUGGUCUGACUGGUCCAGUGAGCUGCGCGUCCCAGGGGAGGAGCUGAGGUGGAGGUUCAUCAGCGACGGGUCCGUGAACGGGUGGGGCUGGCGCUUCACGGUCUAUCCCAUCAUGCCAGCCGCAGGCCCUAAAGACCUCCUUUCUGAUCGCUGCGUCCUUUCCUGUCCAUCCAUGGACUUGGUGACAUGUCUGCUCGACUUCCGGCUCAGUCUGGGCUCCAACAGAAGCAUCGUCCCGCGCCUGGCCGCAUCGCUGGCAGCGUGCGCACAGCUCAGCGCCUUAGCGGCCAGUCACCGAAUGUGGGCCCUUCAGAGGUUGAGGAAGCUGCUAACAACUGAGUUUGGACAGUCGAUCAACAUCAGCCGGCUCCUGGGGGAUCAUGAUGGGGAAGCGAGGGCUUUGAGUUUUACAGGCAGUGCUCUGGCUGCUUUGGUGAAAGGCCUUCCGGAAGCUCUGGAGAGGCAGUUCGAGUACGAAGACCCUGUUGUGAGAGGCGGCAAACAGCUGCUCCACAGCCCAUUCUUCAAGGUACUGGUGGCUCUUGCUUGUGACUUGGAACUAGACACCCUUCCCUGCUGUGCCGAGACACACAAAUGGGCCUGGUUCCGAAGGUACUGCAUGGCCUCCCGUGUCGCCGUGGCCCUGGACAGGAGGACCCCACUGCCCCGGCUGUUCCUCGAGGAGGUGGCUAAGAAAAUCCGUGAGUUAAUGGCAGACAGCGAAGACAUGGAUGUUCUCCAUGAGAGCCACGAUGUUUUCAGAAGAGAGCAAGAUGAACAACUGGUGCAGUGGAUGAACAGGCGGCCCGAUGACUGGACUCUGUCGGCUGGUGGCAGUGGCACAAUUUAUGGAUGGGGACAUAAUCACAGGGGCCAGCUUGGGGGCAUCGAAGGUGCCAAGGUUAAAGUGCCCACCCCAUGUGAAGCCCUUGCAACUCUCAGACCCGUGCAGUUAAUUGGCGGAGAACAGACUCUGUUCGCAGUCACAGCCGAUGGGAAGCUCUAUGCCACUGGGUAUGGUGCCGGCGGCCGGCUGGGCGCGGGAGGGACCGAGUCCGUGUCCACCCCGACGUUGCUGGAGUCCAUUCAGCACGUAUUCAUCAAGAAAGUAGCUGUGAAUUCAGGAGGAAAGCACUGCCUGGCCCUGUCUGCAGAAGGAGAAGUGUACUCGUGGGGCGAGGCGGAGGACGGGAAGCUGGGGCACGGCAACCGAAGCCCAUGCGACCGCCCUCGUGUCAUCGAGUCUCUGCGAGGGGUUGAAGUGGUGGACAUUGCUGCUGGUGGAGCCCACAGUGCCUGCGUCACCUCGGGCGGGGACCUCUACUCGUGGGGCAAAGGCCGGUAUGGCCGCCUGGGGCACAGCGACAGUGAGGACCAGUUGAAGCCAAAGCUGGUGGAGGCACUUCAGGGCCACCGCGUGGUGGAUGUUGCCUGUGGUAGUGGAGAUGCCCAGACCCUCUGCUUGACAGAUGACGACACUGUGUGGUCCUGGGGUGACGGGGACUACGGCAAGCUGGGCCGAGGGGGCAGUGACGGCUGCAAAGUGCCCAUGAAGAUUGACUCUCUUACGGGCCUCGGAGUGGUUAAAGUGGAAUGCGGAUCCCAGUUCUCUGUUGCCCUGACCAAGUCCGGUGCUGUUUACACUUGGGGCAAAGGUGAUUAUCACAGGCUGGGCCACGGAUCCGACGACCAUGUUAGAAGACCGCGGCAGGUGCAGGGGCUGCAGGGGAAGAAGGUCAUUGCCAUUGCCACUGGCUCCCUGCACUGUGUGUGCUGCACGGAGGAUGGUGAGGUCUACACGUGGGGUGACAACGAUGAGGGACAGCUGGGGGACGGAACAACAAAUGCCAUCCAGAGGCCUCGGCUGGUAGCUGCCCUUCAGGGGAAGAAGGUCAACCGUGUGGCCUGCGGCUCAGCACACACUCUGGCCUGGUCGACCAGCAAGCCUGCCAGUGCUGGGAAGCUCCCUGCACAGGUCCCCAUGGAGCACAACCACUUGCAGGAGAUCCCCAUCGUCGCCCUGCGGAACAGGCUGCUGCUGCUGCACCACCUGUCCGAGCUCUUCUGCCCCUGCAUCCCCAUGUUUGACCUGGAGGGCGCCCUCGAUGAGACUGGUCUCGGGCCUGCCGUGGGCUUUGACACCCUGCGGGGGAUCCUAAUAUCCCAGGGAAAGGAGGUGGCCUUCCGGAAAGUGGUGCAAGCAACCAUGGUGCGCGACCGCCAGCACGGGCCCGUGGUGGAGCUGAACCGCAUCCAGGUCAAACGUUCCAGGAGCAAGGGCGGCCUCGCGGGCCCCGACGGCACCAGGUCUGUGUUCGGGCAGAUGUGCGCCAAGAUGGGCUCGCUCAGCCCCGACAGCCUGCUACUGCCCCACCGCGUCUGGAAGGUCAAGUUUGUGGGUGAAUCUGUGGACGACUGUGGUGGCGGCUACAGCGAGUCCAUAGCCGAGAUCUGCGAAGAGCUGCAGAAUGGUCUCACCCCCCUUCUGAUCGUGACGCCCAAUGGGAGGGACGAGUCGGGGGCCAACCGUGACUGCUUCCUGCUCAGCCCCGCCGCCAGGGCGCCGGUGCACACCAGCAUGUUCCGCUUCCUGGGUGUGCUGCUGGGCAUCGCCAUUCGCACCGGGAGCCCCCUGAGCCUCAACCUGGCCGAGCCCGUCUGGAAGCAGCUGGCUGGGAUGAGCCUCACCAUCGCAGACCUCAGCGAGGUGGACAAAGACUUCAUCCCUGGGCUCAUGUACAUCCGCGACAACGAAGCCACUUCGGAGGAGUUCGAGGCCAUGAGCCUUCCCUUCACCGUGCCCAGUGCCAGCGGCCAGGACGUCCAGCUGAGCUCCAAGUACACACACAUCACCCUGGACAACCGCGCAGAGUACGUCCGGCUGGCCAUGAACUACAGACUCCAUGAAUUUGACGAGCAGGUGGCUGCCGUGCGGGAGGGGAUGGCCCGAGUGGUGCCAGUCCCCCUUCUUUCCCUGUUCACCGGAUACGAGCUGGAAACGAUGGUGUGCGGCAGCCCGGACAUCCCCCUGCACCUUUUGAAGUCGGUGGCAACGUACAAAGGGGUCGAGCCGUCUGCGUCCCUGAUCCAGUGGUUCUGGGAGGUGAUGGAGUCCUUCUCUAACACAGAGCGCUCCCUCUUCCUCCGCUUCGUGUGGGGCCGCACCCGGCUGCCCCGGACCAUCGCUGACUUCCGGGGCAGAGACUUCGUCGUCCAGGUGCUGGACAAGUACAACCCUCCCGACCACUUCCUCCCUGAGUCCUACACCUGCUUCUUCUUGCUGAAGUUGCCCAGGUAUUCCUGUAAGCAGGUCCUUGAGGAGAAGCUGAAGUAUGCCAUCCACUUUUGCAAAUCGAUAGACACUGAUGACUACGCCCGCAUCGCCCUCACAGGCGAGCCUGCCGCUGAUGACAGCAGCGGGGACUCGGAGAGCGAGGACGUGGACUCGUUCGCCUCUGACGCCACCCAGGAUUACCUGGUGGGACACUGAGCCGGGCGGGCGCUGCAGGCUCCCGCGGGCGUCCUGCCCCGUGGGCGGGCAGAGGGAGCUGGCUCGGAGCUGGCGCGCUGACCUGGGAAAUGAGUCUGCCCCGCACCCGACGCUGUGUGGACACUGAGGCUCUCUCCGAGACUGGGGGCCUUCUCCCCACAGCGCUGCACUUCUGUAGGCUCCGUGCUUACUGGGCGUGUAAAUGUUUGCACAGACACUGACUUGCAGCCUCCCGGGAAUGAAUCAAAAGCCUUUUUACUCGUGGAUGCAAUGGAGUGUUUUCUUCCUUCCAAGUGUGGGCAUUGUCUUGAUUGUACAUUGGAAAUACUG